AUGCCAUGGCGUUUCUCAGGACUUGCCAAUAGAUAUGGGAGAGCUCAGAGACCUUAUGCCUCUCUCCAAGGCACACGCCUGGGCAAUACUCAAGAUGCGGGCCUCAUUCUUCCCGGAAGUCCAUCUGUCGACGCCUCCAGUAGGCUUGUCGGAGAGAGUAGCGCAAGAACAAAGGACUCACAUAAGACCGCCACUGUACGUGUAGGUGCCACUGAGAUCCAUCAAGGUUCGGAUGGCACUGUCGGGCGCAAGGGUGCUCGCGCUGCAAAGCUUCAGGGUCAGGAUGAAUCUAACAAAGCGACAUAUCCUCAUCUUGCUACGCAAACCACUGACGAAGCUACCGAACCGGCUUCGAGGUGCGAGGAGCUUAAAAUUCACUAUCAUGUGAGUCAACAUACGAAAAUAGGAUGGCGGUCAAAGUUUCGCACAUAUCAGAGCCCAGUGCCUGUCAACGAAGAUGAAGCAAUCUACAAGGACUUGAAUAAUCUCGUGAAUACGUACAGAGCAACGCAAUUAUACCUUGAUUCGGUAGCAAUUACCCCGUCUCCAAUAGCUGCGCCAGCGUCUUCUCCACGUUCAAAUGAUAUGGCAGGGUUCAAGCCCCAGAGAGGACAGCAUAUGGCCCUUAACAAGCGUCCUGUGCUUCAUGCAAGUCUUCCUACCAAAAACCAGCCCUUUCGCAAAGUCAAAAAAGCAUCCAUUUCCACGCAAAGGGCCAAUCCUCAAGCUCAUGUGAUAUCCGUUAGUGACGAUCCCUCUGGGCCACGACCAGAUUUCAUGUACGAUAACUCUGCCCUAGAAGAGGGCAUAGGUGGGGUGAACAUUCGGGAACACCUAAUGUUGUGGCAAGCCCACCAGAACAGCCUUGAUGAACACGCUCCCACCCAUCGGGAGAGCAUCCGUAUCUCGCUGUCGGAUGCAUUAGACGGAACAAGGAAGUCUGACGAAGAAGACUUACUUUCACCUCUUGUACCGACCGAGAUCGAAGAAGAUGAGGCUUAUGCUAACCUUGAUCAAGAGGAUGCUGCCUUCAGGAUAAUGAAUGCCCCUCGAUCCCUCAAACAGGGUGAUUUAGCAGCACUUCGAGUGUCGAGUGGCUCACUUCUAGCAAUCUUUAUCAAGCCCAUGGAGGACACCUCGCUGUUCUACACCCAGCGCGGAUCGUGGAUUUUUGCCUCCGUUGGACAAUGCGAUUUUGUUAUAACCCAAUUUUUGAACCCAUGUACACUUUCAGACAUUCUUGCUUCUGCUCCUGACGAUCCAAAUUCAAUGACAGAUAGUGAAAGGGUGCUUUCAAUGAGUAGACACGCACCCCGCGGAGCAGGCCGAAAUGCUUUAGAAGCUAUGCAGAGCUUCGAGAGACUCUCAGAUACUCUCUAUCGUAAGCAUGCAGAUAAACUCAACCGUGCUUAUCAUUUGCUGGCCCCUGAUGCAUACGCUGAAGGGUUUAAAACGCUAUCAUUGAUAGAGAUUGCAAAAGAACUUUUUGAAAUUGAUAACGUCUCAGGACUCACACAAGUCAUGCUCUGGACUACCCAUCGGACAUUGACACGACUUGAAAAUGUUUUCAAAAGCUCAAAAAGACAUCGCGAAAAUCCCCAUUUUACAUUCAUACCAAAGCAAAAUCUUGAGCAGUUGAGACUGACCCAAGAAUGGAUGAGAGAUUUCCAAGAGCGCUAUGUUGAAGCAGCAACUACUUCCAAAGAGACGAGCCCUCCCACUACUUACGUAUCCCAUUCAGGAAACCCAAUAGCAUCUUUCGUGAUAAAAGCCCGUAAUUGGAUCUUGCUGAGCCGACAGAAGCGUCCAGUGUCUCCCACUGGAGGCGUUGGUCCAACUCCAGACCGUUCAGACCAAAAGUCAGAUCAACCCCGCUGUAGCAUCAGUGAGGUCGCUAGUCUAAGCAGAGAAGACAAGACAAUUUUGCAUUACAUCGACGCAUGGGUAGCAGCCAAGUCCAUACGUCGGUAUGGAAGCUUCGAAGCCCUCGGUCCUAUGAUUUUACGGGCUGUCGGACUCUACGAGCACUUGGAUCUGGAUCAGAGUACCGGUUACACCUUCCUCCAAGAGCUUGGUAUCAUAGCUCCGUGGCAGAAUCCCUCACUUCACCAGCUUCGUUCAGGUCUUCCAGGGUAUAACCCUCUUCACACAAUCAGUCGUUUGAGAGAGGAAGCGCGGCAGCAGCUGCCGAAUCUCCAUCUCAAAGAUUCUAUGGAGAGCUUUCGCAAGGAUUGGGGUGAGAUUCCUAUCUUUUGCAUUGACGGUGAGGAAACGGUAGAACGCGAUGAUGGUAUUUCGAUAGAGAGCAUCAGUGGCAAGCCAUCGCAGUCUUGGAUACAUAUACACGUAGCAAACCCGUCUGCGUUCAUAUCCCCGGACUCAAGUAUCGCUCGAUACGCCGCAGAAAUAUCGCAAUCUAUUUAUCUGCCAGAAGAAAAGCACGCAAUGUUAGAUCCUGGAAUUUCACAAAAAUAUUUUAGCCUUGCGAGAGAUCGGCCUUGCAUAACUUUCAGUGCACGGCUGAACGACAACGGCGAUGUAAUUGAGUCCUUAGUGACACACGGCAUCGCGAGGAAUGUUCAAUUCUUCACGCACGAAAGAGUUCGAGCAGAGCUCAGCUUAGGCGAAGAAACAGAACAAGGUAACUCAGCAGUGUGGACGGUUGGUGGAAAUGCACACGAUGUGUCAAGCAAAGCGGAAUUGGACAGAUCACAGCUAUCCCAUCCUUUUCCAAUCGAAACUGUCGCAAAACUUCGACGGAUACUCGAACUUGGUGAAGCGGUGAAACGUCGAAGAGAGAGGAAUGGUGCUCUUUCUUUUGAAAAUACCUGGGGCUUGUCCAACAGUAUGCCCAAGGUUUCCUUUGGUCCCAGGUCAAGCCUUCCAAGUGGGCUCAGCUCUCAAGUACGGCACUUUGACGGAGACCCUGCCAUUUUGAUUGAACAGAAUAUGGCCAACAAUGCCGACAAGUUGGUCAGUAAUAUCAUGGUCCUAGCAGGUGAGAUCUGCGCUCGAUGGUGCUCGAGUCGACGUAUUCCAAUUCCCUACCGAGGAAUGCGAAUCGAUCCAGAUCCACAAAUGCCGCCAGAUGAAUUUCGUCAAAAUGUAUUGGUCCCAAGUAUAUAUAAGGGAAAUGAAAUAGCCUAUAAUCACAACGUACGACAAUAUGUUCGACUUUUGGGCUAUACUGAUAUGUCUGCUUCGCCGCUUGAGCAUCCUAUGCUGGGUUUGCCAUCUUAUGCUAUGGCAACAUCACCGCUACGCCGCUAUAACGAUCUUGUUGUCCACUGGCAAAUAGAAGCCGCGCUUCGUCGGGAAAAGGUAACGGGCACUGCUGUUGACGAAAAGAAUGACAGCACUUUUCUUCCAUUUUCAUACAAUCAAGUGGAAACUUUGACAAAGCGACUAUGGCAACGGCAGAGAGAAGCGGGAGAUGCUCAAUUCUCGAGUUUCCUCCACUGGAACACCCUCGCUCUCUUUAGAGCCUUCUAUUUCAAGGAGGCUCCGCUACCAAAGACCUUCAGGGUAGCAGUCCAGCCUUUGAGCACAGUUAGAAAGGCUGUUUUUGCGAAUAUUACGGCUGGUGGAGCGCGAGUAGUCCUACGAGACAGCAGCCCCGUUGUGAAAGCUCAUGAUGGAUACCGAACAGCAGACGUAUGGGAAGCUAAGAUUGACCACAUCAAUGUCUACCAUAAACGUAUCAGUAUGGAGCCAAUCCGGCUAGUGUCCAGAUUGGAACCUUAG